GGAUUUAAUCAUGUAAGGGGCUAACGCCCAGCUUCCUCGUAGAAGAUGUUUAUCUGAUGUCCGUAACGUAAAAAAAUGUAAACUUGACUAAACGCAAUCCGGUCACGCACCAAAUAAACCACUCUCUGUGCGUGUUCCAUUGUUCCACCUUCAGGGUCUUUAUCCGUCAAUUCAUUUACCUCCAACUCUUUCUGGUCCUCCCCUAUUUCUGCUCAGCUUUGUAACAUUUACCACCGGCACUUCCGUUUUUAUCAUCUAGUUCUAGUUCAGCCCCGGCUGCGUUACUCUCCCCACUCCGCCUGACAAGUCCUCAAAACGCGCACCCCCCACCUCUCCGCUCUAAAGAUUCGCCCACUCGAAUCCAUCCGAUUUGGCUUCCUUCCGUCCUGGCAACCAUGAAGCUCACAUUUAAGGACCUGAAACAGCAGAAAUUCGUCAUCGAAGCCGAGCCUUCAGCGACCAUCGCUGAGCUUAAGGCCAAGGUUGAAAAGGAAAAGGGCUGGGAGUCGUCUACCCAAAAGCUUAUCUACUCCGGGAAGAUUCUCCAAGAUGACAAGACAAUCGAGUCGUACAACAUCCAAGAGAAGGGCUUCGUCGUAUGCAUGACGCAGAAACCUCGCUCCGCACCUUCAGCGUCGUCGAGUUCCGCUGUCCUCCCGUCAACGCCUGCACAACAUUCCGUCCCGACAUCUUCUGCUCCUCUCGCACCGCAAGUCGUACCUUCAUCUACUACGAUACCCGACCACCCGGCCACGCCGUCUCCAGCACCUGCAGCCACGCAAGAACGCCGUUCCGAUGGGAUGGUCCUUAGCAGUUCCGAAAGAGAGGCCGCUAUCGCUAGUAUGGAAGCCAUGGGCUUUCCUCGAGAGCAAAUCGAGGCUGCUAUGAUCGCCGCCUUCUACAACCCAGACCGCGCCGUUGAGUACUUACUCAACGGCAUCCCAGACAAUUUGCGCCGUGAUCACCCCGCUGGCAACUUACCACGAGGAUCUGCCGCCGGUGAAGCAAUAACAUCUCCUUCGUCCGCCGUGCCGAGUAGCGACGAGCCGGUGAACCUCUUCGAGGCCGCCGCACAUGCUGGUCAAGGCAAUCGCGGUGGUGGCACCACAGGCCGUGGUAGUACUGCCAUUACUGGAGGGAAUCUCGAUUUCCUUCGCAACAACCCCCAGUUUCAGCAGCUCAGACAGAUUGUCCAGCAGCAACCCCAGAUGCUCGAGCCAAUAUUGCAACAGGUCGGCGCCGGUAAUCCUCAGCUCGCGGCUAUGAUCGCAGAGCGCCCUGAAGAGUUCCUGCGGUUGCUGGCAGAGGAUCAUGGCGAUGACGACGCCGCCCUCCCACCGGGCGCUCAGGCUAUUCAGGUCACUGAAGAGGAGCGGGAGGCCAUUGAGCGACUGUGCAGGCUGGGUUUCGAGCGCGACCUUGUGAUACAAGCCUACUUCGCCUGCGACAAGAAUGAGGAACUUGCGGCUAACUUUUUGUUCGACCAGCCAGAGGACGACGAUGUCGGAGGUCAAUAAGUGUAACUGUGGCCUAAGAAAUUUGAAAUUUGGUUCCUUCGGUAAAGGAAUUACUCGAAGCUUGUGGUAAUAAACAGGACAACAUAAGCGGCUGGACUCAGCGUCUUGUAGGCCUGUAAUGGAUGGCGUUUUUGACAGCUUGGGGCUUGAAGUAUUUGCGGCAAAUUCCACUUAUUUACUGCAACUGGGAGGCAGCUUCUAUGUCAAAUGGACCGACAUCAUAUAUAUCACCGCCACAACCUUCGCACAGACGAAGCCUUUCUGCCACAAAAUGCUUAUAGCUAGCAGAUAUGUACGAAAGAUACUGGGAAUAAAGUUGACUCCAUACCGAAAUGUUUCUUUCUACGAUUUUUCUCCAGAAAUGAUCACUUGUGAGAUUGUGCCAAGGAGU